AUGGCGACAGCGCGGACAUUCUUCAAUUCAAAUGCCGCCUUUCGCUCAACCUCUAGGCAGACGAUAUUCCGUGGAUUCAAGAACAAUGGUGGCAGUGCUUGGCAAAAGAGGACGUAUGCCAAUGGCUUUGGUCGAGGGAACGGCUAUCGAUACUCGCGAUUCCAGCAGGCAAGUGGGCUGAUGAGGCGAUGGUCGGCGAGACCAACGUUCUACUACGAAGCUGGCGGCCUGGCUAGCCUGGCUGGUGGCUUCUAUGCAUACAACCUGGAAGUCGUACCUGUCUCGGGUCGCAGGCGCUUCAACGUCGUCUCUGCCAGCACAGAACAACAAUCUGGCCAAGAACUGUACCAGCAAGUCAUUGAGGAAUACAAAGACCGUAUCCUGCCUCCAUCGCAUCCUCAGCACAAGCUUGUCCAACGUGUCUUGAAUCGACUCAUUCCUCAUUCUGGACUUCUAGCCGAAACCAACAACUGGGAAGUGCAUGUUAUCAAAGAUGAGCAGAAGAAUGCUUUCGUAAUCCCGGGCGGCAAAGUCUUUGUUUUCUCCGGCAUACUUGAUGUCUGUCAAGGCGAACCUGGACUCGCGGCCGUGCUCGGCCAUGAGAUUGCCCACAACGUAGCCCAUCAUUCUGCCGAGCGAAUGAGCUCUUACGUCGUCCUUAUGCCUAUCGCAAUGGUUGGGUCGUUUCUGCUAGGCAUUGGUGACGUUGGAGAUGUUUUCACCAGAAUGGUAGUGGAUCUAGCCUUUAUGAGGCCUGGCAGCAGGAAGCAGGAGUCUGAGGCUGAUUAUAUUGGGUUGAUGAUGAUGGCGGAAGCUUGCUACGAUCCAUCAGCCGCUGUAGGACUAUGGUCGCGCAUGCACGAUGCUGAAGAGGGCGCUCCGCCACAAUUUCUCUCCACGCACCCUUCAAGUCAUAAUCGAAUGGAGAAGAUUCAGUCAUGGCUACCUGAUGCUGAAAUGAAAAGGGAGCAGAGCGGCUGUGGUCAGAUAACUGACUAUGGUAAGUAG